AUGGCCUUCUGGACGCAGCUAAUGCUGCUGCUUUGGAAGAAUUUCCUGUACCGCAGGAGGCAGCCGAUGCAGCUCUUGGUGGAGCUGAUGUGGCCAAUCCUUCUCUUCUUCAUCCUGGUGUCCGUACGCCAUUCCCACCCCCUACUCGAGCAGCAUGAAUGCGAGAAGCCCACGUCCGGCGUCCCCGCAGGCCAUUUCCCCAACAAGCCGCUGCCGUCAGCGGGUACCGUCUCUUGGCUCCAGGGCCUCAUCUGCAACGUGAACAACACCUGCUUCCCACGGCCCACGCCCGCCGAGGAGCCUGGCAUCCUCAGCAUCUUUAGGACUCCCUAUGCCCCCGCUGUCCUGGGGGGCCCCAGGGCCCACAGGAUGCUGGCCAGCCUGAGGCAGCUGAUGCCCACGCUGAGGGCUGCAUGUGGAGCAGGAGCAGCCUGGCCUCGGCUGAGUGACCAGCCCAAGGAGGGACCGUCCCUGGCCACUGAGCUGCAGAGGACACUGCUGCAAGGGGCCCAGGAGUCCUUAGACAGCCUUGUGGAAGCAGCAGAAGACCUGGCCCAGGAGCUGUGGGCACUGCUGUGGAGACCCCAAGGGCCAGGUGGCCCCCUGGAGGCGGUGGCAGAAGCCCUGUGCAGUGCCAGGGGGCCCAGCAAGCCGGGCGGGCCCUCCCUCACCUGGUACGAGGCCAGUGACCUGAAGGAGCUGGUGGGGCAGGAGCCGGCGCGGGCCCUGCCACACCACAGCCUGAGUGGCCGAGCCAGCUUCCCAGCCGGGGAGGUGGGGCUGGAACGUGGGCGGGCGCAGGGCCUCAUGGUGCACCCCUUGGCGCUAGGCUCCACCCGCACUGAGCUGAUGGGGGCCCUGGACGCCCACCCCCUGUUCCGCCGGCUCUGGGGGUGCCUGAAGCCGCUGGUCCUGGGGAAAGGGCUGGCGCUGUUGAAGGGCAUCCAGGAGGUGUGGGAGCUGCUGGGCGCCCCGCUCUUGAACUUCGCAAAUGACAGCGCCGGCCGUCGCUCGGCUGCAGGCUCCUGCAGAUCAAAGGAAGAAGGCAGCCAGGAGCUGGAGGCCAGGACCUGGGGGAGGCAGGCUCUUCGUGCCUUUCUGAACCCCCGAAGUGGUGGCUGCAGCUGGCAGGAGGCCCAUGCUGAUGUGGGACACCUGGUGGGCACACUGGGCCGUGUGAUGGAGUGCGUGACUCUGGACAAGCUGGAGGCUGCGCCCUCAGAGGCUGCCCUGGUGGAGCGGGCCCUGGAGCUGCUCUCCGAGCACCGUUUCUGGGCCGGCAUCGUCCUCCUGGGGCCCGAGGACUUCCCGGACUCCUCUCAGUCCCCAGGCCCUGGCCAUGUGCGCAUCAAGAUCCGCAUGGACAUCGAUGACGUCACAAGAACCAAUAAGAUCAGGGACAGAUUUUGGGACCCCGGUCCGGCUGCUGACCCGCUGAUGGACCUGCGCUACGUGUGGGGCGGCUUCAUGUACCUGCAGGACCUGCUGGAGCGUGCAGCCAUGCGCGUGCUCACUGGAGCCGCGCCCCGCGCCGGCCUCUACCUGCAGCAGAUGCCCUACCUGUGCUACGUGGACGACGCGUUCCUGACGAUGGCCUGGAUCUACUCGGUGGCACUGACCGUGAAGGCUGUGGUGCGUGAGAAGGAGAUGCGGCUGCGCUGCACGAUGCGUGCCGUGGGGCUCAGUGGCGCCGUGCUGUGGCUGGGCUGGUUCCUCAGCUGUCUCGGGCCCUUCCUUCUCAGCACCGCGUUGCUCGUGCUAGUGCUCAAGCUCGGGGACAUCCUUCCCUACAGCCACGCGGUGGUGCUCUUCCUGUUCUUGGCGGCUUUCAAGGUGGCCACGGUGGUCCAGAGCUUCUUGCUGAGCACCUUCUUCUCCCGAGCCAACCUGGCAGCCGCCUGCGAGGGCCUCGCCUACUUCGUGCUCUAUCUGCCCUACGUGCUGUGCGUGGCCUGGCGGGACCAACUGCCCGUGGGCGGCCGUGAGGCCGCGAGCCUUCUGUCGCCCGUGGCCUUCGGCUUCGGCUGCGAGAGCCUGGAACUGCUGGAGGAGCAGGGCGAGGGCGCGCAGUGGCACAACGUGGGCACUGGGCCUACAGCCGAUGUCUUCAGCCUGGCCCAGGUCUCGGGUCUUCUGCUGCUCGACGCUGCGCUCUACGGCCUCGCCACUUGGUACCUGGCGGCCGUGUGCCCAGGCGAGUACGGGAUCCCUGAACCGUGGAACUUUCCUUUUCGGAGGAGCUACUGGUUUGGGCCUCAGACCCCCAAGGGCCCCGACCCGCCCCCUGCCCCACAGGACCCCAAGGUGCUGGUGGAAGAGGCGCCCCCUGGCCUGAUUCCAGGGGUCUCCAUACGGAGCCUGGAAAAGCGCUUUCCUGGCAACCCGCAGCCGGCCCUGCACGGGCUCAGCCUGGACUUCUACCAGGGCCUCAUUACCGCCUUCCUGGGCCACAAUGGGGCUGGCAAGACGACCAUGCUGUCCAUCCUGAGCGGCCUCUUCCCACCCACUGCUGGCUACGCCUGUGUCCUGGGUCACGAUGUCCGAUCCAACAUGGCAGCCAUCCAGCCCCACCUGGGAGUCUGCCCACAGUACAGUGUGCUGUUUGACAUGCUGACCGUGGAUGAGCACGUCUGGUUCUAUGGGUGGUUAAAGGGUCUGAGUGCAGCUGCCAUGGGCCCCGAGCAGGACCGUGGGAUGCAGCAGAAGCUUUCAGUGGCCAUUGCCUUUGUGGGUGGCUCCCAAGUCGUUAUCCUGGAUGAGCCCACAGCUGAUCGCACAUUGAUCCUCUCCACCCACCACCUGGAUGAGGCAGAGCUGUUGGGAGACCAUGUGGCAGUGGUGGCGGGCGGCCGCUUGUGCUGCUGUGGCUCCCCGCUCUUCCUGCGGCGUCACUUGGGCUCCAGAUACUACCUGACACUGGUGAAGGGUCCCCCAGCCCUGGCCACCAGCAAAAAAGGUGACACUGACUUGAAGGACAACAUGAAUCCUGGGCAGGAAAGGGAGCCAGGUAGCCAGGCCAGCACUGCCGGUGUGGCCCAGCUGCUGGCCCUGGUGCAGAGCCACGUGCCUGGGGCACGGCUGGUCAAAGAGCUGCCACAUGAGCUGGUGCUGGCGCUGCCCUACCAGGGCGCCCUGGAUGGUAGCUUCCCUGAGCUCUUCCGCGAGCUGGACCAGCGGUUGGGGGAGCUGGGACUGGCCGGCUUCAGGAUCUCCGACACCAGCCUGGAGGAGGUGUGGCUCCUGGGGGAGGUGUGGGGUUGGCAGGAGGAGGGCUGCCUGGAGGCGGUGGUGCUUGGAAGGAUGAAGAGGAGUCUGCCUAUUGACAGCUGGGAGUCCCAUGGCAGAGGCUCUGAGCCCCCUGCUUUGUCUCCCCAGAUCUUCCUGAAGGUGGUGGAGGACUGUGCUGUGGACACAGGCCCAGAGGGUGCAGCCGCAGAUGGUAGGCCCAGGCAGCACCCAUGCUCAGGCAUUGCUCAUCUGGACACGACUGCAAGGCUCCAGAUUCCGCCAGAGGAGUCAGUCCUGGAGAAUGGGGGGCCGGCGGGAUCUGCCCCCGAGACACAGGCCUUGCAGGGCUCUGGGCCAGACGCCGCAGGCCGUGUACAAGGCUGGGCGCUGACCCACCAGCAGCUCCAGGCCUUGCUUCUCAAGCGCUUCCUGCUUGCCCGCUGCAGCCGCCGUGGCCUGUUCGCACAGAUUGUGCUGCCUGCCCUCUUCGUGGGCUUGGCACUGGUGUUCAGCCUCAUUAUGCCUCCUUUUGGAUACUACCCGGCUCUGCAGCUCAGUCCCAGCAUGUACGGCGCCCAAGUGUCCUUCUUCAGCGAGGAUGCCCCAGGGCACCCUGAACGUUCCCGCCUGCUCGAGGCGCUGCUGGAAGAGGCCGUAUUGGAGGAAACUUACCUGAAAAAUAACUCCAACAGGGCACCUGAGUGCACACAGCCUGCCGUCUGCCAGUUCUCGGUGCCCGAGGCUCCUGCAGAUGUGGCUAAGGUCUUGGCCAGCGGCAACUGGACUCUGGAGUCUCCGUCCCCUGCCUGCCAGUGCAGCCAGCCUGGUGCCCACAGCCUGCUGCCCGACUGUCCUGCUGCGGCCGGCGGCCCCCCACCUCCCCAGGCACCGACCAGCUCGGGCGAAGUGGUCCAGAACCUAACAGGCCGGAACCUGUCUGACUUCCUGGUCAAGACCUACCCACGCCUGGUGCGCCAGGGCCUGAACACCAAGAAGUGGGUGAACGAGGAUCAGGUGAGGAGUGUCCCCUGCCUGGAUUCCAUUCCUGUGCCCUCUGCCUGCCUGCUGGGGGACCUGCCACCCCAUCCUCCCCGACCCUCAGCUGCCCCUCCUCCACUGCCUCACAGGUAUGGGGGUUUCUCCCUGGGGGGCCGAGACCCGGGCCUGCCCUCGGGGCUUGAGGUGGGCCGCUCUGUGGAGGAGCUGCGGGCACUGCUGAGCCCCCAACUGGGGGGGGCCCUUGACCGCAUCCUGAACAACCUCACAGCAUGGGCUCUUGGUCUGGACACUCAGAAUGGCCUCAAGAUCUGGUUCAACAACAAGGGCUGGCAUGCCAUGGUGGCCUUUGUCAACCGAGCCAACAACGCUCUCCUACGUGCCCGCCUGCCGCCAAGCCCCGCCCGCCAUGCCCACAGUAUCACCACGCUCAAUCACCCCCUGAACCUCACCAAGGAGCAGCUGUCUGAGGCCGCGCUUUGA